CUGCCGUACUUCCGCAAGCUGGAGACGGACACCACUUACAGCGACGACUACCACGGCACGGACGGGCCAAUCAUCUGCCACCGAUUCCCGGAAGAGCAGUGGCGCGGCGCGUCCAAGGCGUUCUACGAGUCCUGCCUCGACUACGGCUUCGCGGACUGCCCAGAUCAUAACGCGCCUGACACGACUGGCGUGGGGCCUCUGCCGCUGAACAACCCGGAGGGCAUACGCUGGAGCACGAACCUCGGCUAUCUCAGCCUGUCUCGGCAUCGGCUCAACCUGACCAUCCGCCCCAACUGCCUGGUUAAUCGCAUCGUCUUCGAGGGCAACCGUGCGACCGGCGUGGAUGUGGAGAGCGGCGGCGAGCGGUUCGUGGUCGAGGGCGGCGAGAUCAUCCUGAGCGCGGGCGCAGUCGGUUCGCCGCAGAUUCUGAUGCUUUCGGGCAUCGGGCCUGCCGACCACCUGAACGAAGUGGGCAUUCCUGUGCUCAAGGACGCGCCCGGUGUGGGGCAGAACCUGCGCGACCACCCGCUCGUGUAUGUUACCUGGAGGACUAAGCCGGAGUACGAUCUUGAGACAUUCGGGCCGCGCAUACAGUUCGGACUGCGCUACACCGCAAGCAACUCGGACUUCGAAAACGACAUGAUCGUCUAUAUGAACAUCUUUGCCACCGGUCGCAUAGACCGUGGCGGAGAUCGCAUGGCUCCCAUCGGCAUUCGAACGAUUAUCGGACUCGAUCUUGCCGUAGGCGCAGGCGAGCUGAAGCUGCAGGCCAGCGAUCCGAGUGUGCAGCCGAUACUCGACUAUAACUACUUCCAGGAGGAGUUCGACCGAGAGCGCGUACGCGAAGCCAUUCGCAUCUGCACGAAGUUAGGCGAGCACGAGGCAUGGAAAGACAUCAUCGAAGAGCGCAUCGAGCCACCGGACGAGGCGUUGGAAUCCGACGACGCGCUGGACGCAUGGAUGAUGAGCGAGGUUACGACAGGCCACCACAUAUCUUGCACGAACAAGAUGGGUCCCGCAGACGACCCGAUGGCGGUUGUUGACCAGUACGGCAAGGUGCACGGCGUCGAAGGCUUGCGCGUUGUGGACGCCUCCAUCAUGCCCGACUGCGUGCGCGCGAAUAUCAAUGUGACCACGAUGAUGAUAGGCGAGCGCAUCGCCGACUUCGUGAAAGAAAGCGUCUGA